AUACUGCUCCUCCCAAUGUUUCCUCUUACCCCCACUCUCACUUGUGUUAGGGUACACCACUCGUGUUCUUGUGGGCCAGUCAUUCUGAAGAACUCUCCCAAUCAACAACACGCUCCCUCGCUCUCUGGAUCUCUCCCUCCUUUACCCGGCGGCUUCCCUGUUCCUUGUUUUGUUUCCCACUCUCAGCACUCCCAACCCUGACCUGCAAAGCUCUUCAAGGAAAUGGGUGCCAAAAAGAAAAUGGGCUUCAAGUGUCGCAUAGCGGUAGUUCUGCUUCUCCUGCUGGCCAGUAUCGCUGCCCUAGUUACUGUAGCUGUCAUCCAGGGCGCCUGGAUUGCUCAAGAGUACAACUUGGAGUACGGCAUCGUGAUAGACUCGGGUUCAUCUCGUUCCAAUGUGUACCUGUACGAAUGGCCAGGGGAGAAGGAAAAUGAAACGGGAGUGGUGACUGAAAAAAUGAACUGUAAAGUUGAUGGUACUGCUAUCUCAGAGAUGAAAGUUGACACACAGAAAGAUGAAGUGACAUGGAAAGGAUUCAAAAAUUGCAUGGAUUUAAUCCUUAAUACCAUUCCUGUUGAGAAACACAGAAAUACCAUUCUCUUUCUUGGAGCCACAGCAGGAAUGCGACUCCUACAACUUGAAAAUGAACAGAGGUCCGACCAAGUUCUGGCAAGUCUCAGGGAAUAUUUGAGUUCUCUGCCCUUCAAGUUCCAGAAUGCUUCCAUCAUAUCUGGUCAGGAAGAAGGGCUGUAUGGGUGGAUCACAGUCAACUACUUGAUGGGAAAGUUCCUGGAAAAAAACCUGCUCAACGCGUAUGUGCGCCCAAAUGGAGAAGAGACGGUUGGUUCUAUGGACCUUGGUGGAGCUUCAACUCAGAUUGCAUUUGCAGUUCAGGAGCAGGGCAGUGGACCUGACUACAAGGAAGUGAAACUGUACGGUUACCCUUACAAUAUCUACACACACAGUUUCCUCUGCUACGGCAAAAACGAGGCUGAGAAGAGGGUUCUGGACAAAGUAGUCCAGAGAUCAUCUGACCCAAGAUACAUAAUAAACCCAUGCUACCCUGAAGGUUUCAAUCUUACCAUGAAGGCCUCCACCAUUUAUGACACGGAGUGCACCCAGAAACCUAAAAACUACAACCCAGAUCAAGACUUCUUCAUGGUUGGGGUUGCAGACUCUGAGAAAUGUGGUGAAUUAGUACGGUCCAUCUUUGACUUCAAAACCUGUAACUCAUCCCAGUGUUCCUUUAAUGAGGUUGAGCAGCCACCAGUCACCGGGGACUUUAAGGCGUAUGCGGGAUUCUUCUACACUGCCAGAGCUCUGCUGAUCAAUGACACAUCAGAGCUUGAUCAAUUCAGAGCCUCCGUGAAGACGUUCUGCCACACACACUGGACAGUGCUGAGAGAACAGAAAACGUGGAUCUCGGACAGAUACCUCAGGACUUAUUGCUUUGCAGCUCAUUAUGUCCUCACUCUGCUAGCAGAUGGAUACAAGUUUGACAGUGAGAGCUGGAAAAAUAUCUACUUUGAAAAAGAGGUAAAGAACACUAGCAUUGGCUGGAGUUUGGGCUACAUGCUGAGCAUGUCCAAUAUGAUCCCGUCUGAAGUGAAAGAAAUCCCCCCGCUGACAGACCCCGCCUUCGCGGGCCUUAUCUUUCUGUUUUCAGCAUUUAUCAUUGUUGCAGUUGUCGUAAUUUGUAUCCUCUUCAUUCGCACCUGCUACUGAGAAUUUCAGUGAUCACUGAAAGCUCAGCGGGCAGCUGGACUUGUGGAAGUUGUCAGACGGUGUUACAGUAGCAUGUGCCGGUGCAUGCGUGUUGAAAGUUACUGACUGAAAUGUUGUCUUUUUUUUAGCAUAACCCAGUGAAGCAGGAUUCACACUGCCAUGCUUGCUGAGUGCCUGAUAUUUGGUAUCAUAGCUGAAGUUGAACUAAAAGUAAAGCAAAUGACCCAACAAUGCAACUCAGCCGUGCAAGCCAUUCAAUGUGAAAGAGAAGUGUGAAAAUUGAGACCCACAGUGUGCUUGUGAGAAUCCUGUGUAUCCACCUUUGAGUUCAAAACCUCAUCUUGCACAUAUUCUGUUAUUUCUUUAACCUCAGGGAAGCUUACACAUAUUUAAAUAAUGAUACUGUUGCCUAUUUUUUCAACUUUGGUUUACACAAAUCCACACAGUAGUUGUGUCGUUAGGACAAAUAAAAAAGCCUCCAGAGGUAUCCAUGUAUUAGGCAACAGCAUGAGCAGUUUCAUCACCUGUCAGUUCUGUUUAUUCCUACAAAAUAAAUGUCAAUGUACUUAAUGCAUCUUCCUUACAUUCAAAAUUGCUGCAUUUUGUCACAGCUUUAUUGUAGUGUUUAAAAGCUGCUCUAUGUAGUUAAAGUACCCUAUACUUUUUUUUCUUUUUUGUAUUUGUAAUCCUGUGGACGUCAGCAGUCACGGCCGGAGUAUUGUUUCAGUACAAAAUAUGCAUCUAGCCAAAUAUGGUUAAAAUUGUCAUUUUGUCAAGGAUGCAUGGCAAAAUAACCCAGAAUGUGGUUUGCAUAAAUUAGCAGAAAUGAUGGUAGAAGAGCAAUCUCACAAUUGUGAAUUUGGAAGUAUUACAAUUGUUGUCUAAUGAAAUGCAGGUCAAGAUGUUUUUGUGCAAGAUUGUAGUUCUUACUUAAAAUAUGUUGUUGGUGUAGCAUAACAGAAAGUAUUUGAAAAUCCCUCUGGCAUUUGCACAGAUGCGAGGGCCUGUGACAUAAUUUACACUGCUGUUUCAGUGGCAGCAAGACCCAAGUUGUUUCUUCCCACCCUCUGAAGUGCAUCAUCCCACUGAGUCAAACCUGCCAAACUUGCACUACCAAGUGGACAAGUCUAAACUUAGGAGAGCUACUUGCAAUUAGGAAAUGGCCACUGUCCGUUUCAAACAGAAACAUACAGUGAUGGUGCUUUGUCCAAAUAGCACUGAAAAUCCACACAAAAGUGGUUUUAGGAGAAAUCUGCAUUGUAAACAAUACUGGCAUUGUGGGAUUUAAUAUAUCUUUAAUUAUUAGGUCUAUCAUUUCCUGUCAUGUGUUGCACUUCAUUAUACAAUAAUAAUGGUAAACAGAAUCUUAUUUAUUUUAAAAUGAACUCAUUAAACAUUCCAAUUAUUUCACAUAUGAUUUCACAUAUGAAUGAUUUCCUCAUGGAGAUAUGCUAGAUUUUAUUGUGUUGAUGACAUGAAUUUAAACUGUGUCUUGAAAAUACUGGUAUAUAUUGUAUACAGUACUACUAAUACUUUGGUAGUAUUGUCACUACACUGGAAAAGAUUAUGCAUGUUUCUCCUUUAAUGCACUUCCAGGAUUGUUUUACAAAUGCUUUGAUAAUCAUUAUCUCUCUACUGAGUUCAUAAUAAACUUAUCCACUA